ACACAAUAUACAUACAUUCAUUAUUCCAGUCUUUUUCUUUUACAGUCGUCCACUUUUCGUCCACAAAAAACUAUUUGCAUAAACAUUCAUCUCCUUGGUUCACGUUCUUGCUCUGGUCUCUCCAAUUUAUUUCCCAUCUGCAGGUCAGAGAUCUAGUUACGUUUGAUAUAUUGCUGCAACACUCAACUCCACUCAUACCAAAUCAGUAAUUCAGAGAAUCAAAGGUCAACACAAUCAUCAUGCGGUACUUGACCGUCAUUGCAGCACUCGCUGCCACAUCAUUUGCUGCCCCAACACCAGAAGCCUUGAGAGGAUCAACCGAAUGGUCACCGACACUGGCUGGCUAUUUCGAUCUUGUCUACAAACACAUCCAAGACGCUCGACAGAGAGGGGGCAAGCCUCCGACAUGCGAUCUAUCCAAAGCCUCACUCCCCGUCGCACCAACUCCUCUUGAGUUUCUCCCCGACUACACCUUGGAACAUGUUGCCAUUGGUCGAGGCACACAGAACUAUACUUGUGCCAAUGCCACAGCAACCCCCGCCGCUGCAGGAGCGGUCGCACGGUUUUACAACAUCUCAUGUAUGGCAGCAGACUAUCCCAACCUUGUUCCUCUGGCGUCGAAUCUUGCCUACGAGCGCCCAUUGCCUGAAGACCCUCUUGCGCCCUUUGGGCCUACAGGUCUGGAGCUCUCCACCCACCACUUCUUCAGCAAUGGCACCACCCCCGUCUUUGCAUUUGACGCACCCUCGUCGCCGAGCCUGGGGCGAGUCUUUGCGCAAAAGGCCGGCGACUCCGUGGCUCCAGCCAAUGCCAUCCAGAAUGAGAACGGUGUCAUCCCUUGGCUGUACCUGACAUCCAGAUCAACCACUGAGGGUGACAUUCGAGCCGUCUACCGGGUCGACACCGCAGGAGGCAGCCCCCCAGCCACAUGCAAGGACCAGCCUUCGUCAUUCACCGUCGACUAUGCUGCAGUGUAUUGGUUUUUUAAGUGAAAAAGAGUCGAGUAGAUAUAGUUGUUAUUUGGUCAGUUCAGUUGCUAUUGCAAACCAGUUUUCACUAUUUUGGAGUUAGUGGGGAAUUCGGGGUCCGCACUUCGCACUCACGAACAAUACUCGCCGAGUAUCGCGGCUGAGUUGGUUCGAGGUCAUUAGGCC